CUGCCCCCUUCCGGGAUGGUGCCGGUUAUUUAUUGCGCUGCCCGGCACGGGCUGUCCCCAGGGCUCGGUGUCCCCUUUCAGCGCCGGCCGCGUGCCCUUGAAGCGGCGGCGGUGGCUCCCCGUGGGGUCCGCGGCGUUCACGGCCAGUCGCCCGCACCCUGGAGCCUCCCGGGCACAUACAGCAGGGAGACGAGGUGCUUCUCCUUUGGCCACCUGCUGAUCCAAUCCCGCCUUUCCCCCUUUCCUAGGCAUCGCUCUGUUCUGGGGAACAACUGUGAGAACUCUUCCCGAUGCCCUCAGAACAUGUCUGAUUGGACAAGUCUGUGGUAUGUCUGGUUGAUCUUGCUGACGGUGUUCCUGCUCCUGCUCUGUGGGGUCUCAGUGAGCUGCAUCAAAUUCUGCUGCCGGAAGAAGAGGCUUCCAGUGGAGACCUUCCCUCGGCACCCUUGUGACUUGACAGUGAUUGGCCUUGACAGUGACAGCACUGCCCACAGCACAGUGACCUCAUAUAGCUCAUGGCAGUACCCUCCAAGUGUCCAGAUUCCCUCAGUAUUUGUGGAUAUGGAUAAGAACACUGUGUCCCCUCCAGCUUACAGCCUCUAUGCUAUGGACCUGCCACCUUCCUAUGAUGAAGCUGUUCAAAUGGGAAAGCAAGUGGCAUGGACAAACCAGAAACUUAAUGACAUCCCUGAACAGGUGACACCAGGUGGGCUAAAUCUCAGCCAGUCCCCACCUGACACAAUCAAUAGAGAUCCAGCAACACAGACAAAGUCAGAAGAUUCAGAAGAUGCCAGAAAAGAACAGCCACAGGUCUGACUCAGUUCAGAUGGGGAGUAAAGUAAAGGAAGGACAGUAAGAGUUAAAGAAGAUGUGAAGAGUUUGGACUUAUUAGUAGGUUAUGAUAGAAAGAUGUUUCUUUUCAUGCCCUUGUAAUAUCUGUCAGAAGAAAUGUUUUCUGUGGCUGCUGUAAUCCCCUGGUAAAGCUUCUUCAUGGAUAUGAAAUGAGGUAAAAGAGCAGCAGUUUAAAAAUGCCUGUAAAAGUGGGAUGUGAAUGUAUGUUCAUCUGAUAAAAAAAAUUGCUUGUGUCCAGCAAUAAAAAAGGUCAGGAGAAUUUUGCCACCUUGGGAAUACACACUCAGAACAGUACAAACAGGAAGUUGUUGUUCUAGAACAGAAGUUUCCCAAGCUGGAAUUGAAGGGGGAAUCCCAGCAAGUGACACUGAAUAGCCUCUGUAGUUUCUCUUCUUUUGAGAACAUCAACUGCCCAGGAAACUGCUGAGGACAAAGUGAUGCACAAUAGCUCAUGUUCCUCAAGGAGCAGAAAGAUGCCAGGACAGGAGAGUGUGGAGGGAGUUGCUUUUUCACAGGGAGUGAGACAGAUGAGACACAACACUUAUGUGGUGGUAGUGGUGGUCAUGAGACCCCAAGGGAUUGUUUUUGAGGUUCUGUAAAUCUUUCCAUUUCUAUUUCCAAGAUAUGUUGCCUUGUGGGUGGGUUCCCUUUGCUGUUUUUUUUUUCCAGAUAAAGUACACAUUAAUUCCAAAGAGACACUUGCACACAUGGUUUGGUACUACUGAUGUGUUUCAAAUAUUCAUCAAAUAUUUCAAAGAUAUUUUGCUAUCUGCUUAGGUGUCAGGGUCUCAGACAGCACAGGGAAGAAAAAUCAUGGGUUCCUGACAGCUUUUACCAGUUCAGAACAUGGACAAGUUCAGGAAAGAGCAGGGUGACACAAAACAUGCUUGUGCUGAGCCAUCCAGAAUAAGUUAGAGAUACAAAUACCACAGUACAUGCUGGGAAAAAGUUCAAAGAAAUUACUCUUAGGGAUGGUUCCUUGUGAAGUACUGAUAGAGGGAUAACUGUUGAGCAUUAUUUUAGAGCUGGGAACUUGGAGCUGAUUACAGCAGUCGCAGCCCAGACAAAAAUAUGGGCUCCAGAGGCAGGGUUUUUAAUGCCAGCUCUUUCCCUUGCCCCUCCAUAUUCUAAAUGGUCCAAAUUUUGUCCACUCCUGAGCAGUGAUUUUCUUUGAAUCCACUUCAGCACGGUGCUAAUCUGGCUGCUUUAAGAACAUGAGCAAUUGACAGGGUGGCUCAUUGCUCUGGGUAAGAGCAGCAAGCAAAGCCUGAGAGCCCAGUGAAUAAAGCAUAAACUUAGGUGUCUGUCAUUAACAGGCAGUAGAAGUGGUGGGCACAAAAGCCUGCACAGCUUUUAGAAGACUGUUAUUCUCUGACAACCAUUACUGCAAGAACUGCCCUGGGAAUGAGCACUAAUGAUUGAAAAAUGAAGAUCUCUGCCAGACACAGGCCUGAGAUGCUGCUGCAUAGUCGUGUGUGAGCUGUCCACGAGUCUGACUCCCCAGGAGAGGCUCGCUUCUAUAUUUAAGUUGCAUGUAACGUACUAUGAGGGUUGACUGGUAUAACAAAUCUGCUUCUCUUGUCUCCUCUCUGUCAUCCUUCAUUAUAUUUCUCCUGUUUUA